AUAACAACAUAGGGGGUGAUUUUGAUUGAACAUGACUCCCUCUAUCCUCUGUUUGAGUUUGAUCCAUCACUUUUUGGACACCCUGUAUAUAUACACAUACUCUGGCAUGCGUUAUCUCUAAGUCUUUUUGAAAAAUUCAUUCGCAAUCUAAAGUGUUUUGUGUCAUGACAAAAGUACAGAUCAAUAUCUGUAUCUAUCACGUGCAGUGUGGUGCGAACUAAUGUUCGCAGUCCAUUCGAUGUUUGACUUUGGUACUGAACGCAUUGAAUUUUUCUAGAGGUGUUUUAACUGCUUCCUACUAAAAAUCUUUGUGUUUGUUAAGUCUAAUAACUAGGUAGCUGGAACGGCCUGAAAUCUUCCUACUGGCAACACAAUCCAUCUCGGAAAAUUGAUUCGCGAAUUUCACUCGCGAAAAUCAUCAGAUUUUAUAUUAAUGGACCAAAAUUUACUACUCAAUAAACCCACGAGAAAGUGGGUUCAUGAGUUUAAUGAAGACCACAGGCAAAGCGAAUACUACUUAACCUGCUUACCUAUGCGUGGUUAUCCAGACAAAUUUAAAAAAUAUCACAGAAUGACCGUUGAAACGUUUGACUACAUCUUGUCACACAUAAAAGGGGACAUACAGAAGUGGAGUAACUUCAGGAAUUGUAUAGAGCCAGCAAAAAAACUGUCGAUUUUGUUGAGGUAUCUAUCAACAGGUCUUUCCUUUGAAGCUCUGAGCGAAACAUUUCGCAUGAAUAACUAUAAAAUCGUAGAAGAAACUGCUGAUGCUAUUUGGAACCAAUUAGCUCCAAUCCAUUUACCGGUUCCAAAUCGAGAAAGAUUUCUUGAAAUUGCUGCAGAAUUUAAGGACAUGUGGAACUUUCCUAACUGUGCCGGUUGCAUAGACGGCAAACAUGUUAAAAUCAAAGCUACUCUGAAGAGUGGUACCAUGUUUUACAACUAUAAACAUUUUUUCUCUGUUAAUCUUCACGGUGUAGCAGACGCUCGGUGUAAAUUAAUAUUCAUUGACGUUGGAGCCUUCGGAAAGCAAAGUGACGGGGGCGUAUUCGAAGCUUCUCGAAUCUCAACUUUUUUUGAAAAUUGCUCUGAAACGUUGCCAGCUCUUUCACCAAUCGAUGACAGUGACACUCUGGUUCCAUUUGUUCUAGUCGGUGACGAUGCGUACCCUUUAAAGACUUUUUUAAUGAAACCAUUCAGUCAAAGAAAAAUGACCGAAGAACAGCGCGUUUUCAACUAUCGAUUGUCACGGUGCAGAAGGUGUAUAGAAUGCGCAUUUGGAAUUUUAACUGCAAAAUGGAGAUUACUCUACAAAGUUAUUGAAACAGAGGUAGAAAAAGCUGAGAAAAUAAUCAAAUGCAUGUGCCUUCUGCAUAAUUUGAUUAUUGACAAAGAGAAUAUUACACUGAAUCAACGAGUGCUUGAAGACGCUCUACAGGAAUACCAAUAAAAACAUGAAAGACCAGAUCUUGGCGGACGACGAUUUAACAGAUCCUCUACUGCUGCACAAGAGGGACCACAAAGCCACUCUCUCACGCACUAACUCAAUCAAGUUUCCUUUGUUUACCAUUAUAACAACAAUUAUUAUGAUUUAUAAACACGAGCCAAAUGGGAACACCAAACACGAACCAACCUUAAAAAAAAACUAUUUUGAUUGUUGUCAGACCAGUUCAGACCCGCUCAGACCUUCAAGUCUGAAGAAAUUCCGCUUCCAAUGUAGGACCAGCCUUAUGGGACGCCGUGAUGUUUCGAUAUUACAGACUUACGCUGUUACGAUGUACAACGCACGCGUGAGUUGGGCAGUAAGCUGGCGAAUGCGUUACGAAAAGUGUUAUCGGGAGAGCGAGGUAGUUAAGAAGAUAUGAGUUAGCGGAGAUAGAAAAAGAGAGUUACGGUUCGUAUAUUACUGUAGGAGCAAGAGAAAGGCCGUGCGAGGGCACAUAUUCUUUCUCAGACAAUUCAGUCAGUAGUUCGUCUGCGAGUUUGCUAGCAUUACGCGAA